ACGCCCCAAAAUCAAAUGCCAAAGUGUGGGACAUUCCUGGGAGUGAUUCGAAGUCAGCCUCAGCCAGCUCAGUCUAGUUCUUCUCGAGUUCUUCGCCGUUCGACCGUUCUCACACAAUCGUUCAUCAUGCCCGGAUUUUGGAAGCGUCCCGUGACCCGCAUGUACUCAUACAAUUUGGAUCUUGGUGAGCACUAUUACUACCCCAUCUCCCACUAUUUGGAGGCUGAGCGUGGUACCCGAGGCGAGACCCCGGGUGCGCUGACCUUCAACGAGCGCUUGGCGCGCAGGUGGCUCCACGGGCGUCGCUAUGGCGCCACGGACUUGAGCGAUCGAUACUCCCGGGCUUCCUCCCUCUCACGUUUCGAUGGCGAUUGGUCGUAUCUUGCAGGCGAGAUGAGUAACCGUUCUGCCCGAGCCCGCUCCGAGGUCCGGACCUCCUCGGCCGGUUACGAUGCCAAUAACGUGAGCGCCUUUGCCAACUACAAGAACGCCCUCUUGGACACGAGCCGUGAGCUUCGACAAGAGGCUUCCGCCAAUCUGAUGGCUCGAGAGCAAUCUCGAUCACACAGUCUGGCCAACAUGCGGGCUGAAGCGGCCUCCCGGCGAAGUGCUUUCCAACAAAUGAGAGCCUCAACCCCUAUGACCGCCACGGCCAACACUGAGUCGUCAUCGACAACUCGAUCAUCUUACCGCACCGAGUCGAAGAGGCGCAUUGAGGAUGACAUCUGCAAGAAAGUGGCCGAUGUCCACAUGAUGCCUUGGGCCUUAGGCACUGAGCUGGACGAGGCCCAAUCCGCCUCAGCCCGUGCUCGUUCCCGCAUCAGUGAAUUGGAGCGUGAACUCGAGGAGAUCACAAAGCGAGCCAUGACCACUUCCACCCAUGCCCGACGCACCGCUGCCCAAUUGGCCAAAGAAGCGUCCUUGGAGGACGAGCAAGCCAUGGCCAGCACCUACAAGAAAUCCCGCAAGGUCAUGAUUCAAUCCGCUCAAAGGGCGUGCUAGAAAAUGUCCCACUCUGGGAGUUUGUGUUGCCACCACGAAUGGCAACACGGACCGCCGUCCACAAACGCUUCUCUCCAAGGCUGACAACUUGACAGGUGAGGGAGAAAUCGAGUCAGGUCUGAUGGCAUCUUGACCUUCCCUGCGAGACAACAGGACGGCCAACGGUCCAAAUAUUUCAGCCCAUAUUCUUCUGGACCAAUGCCGUUCCCUUCCUGCCUUCUUGACCACUUACCUUCCUACCAAUGAACCAACCCUUGUUUCAAUAUUGAUGACUGGUGAUGGCCCCCAUUGCCAAUCGACCAAAUCGCCAUUCCCAUGCAAACCAUGACUGCCCUCUUGAUUCGCACCGAUCGAACACAAAAUGAGAACAAGUUGCGCAUGUCCUCUUGUUCAUUCAAUUUAUAUGAACAACUUUUCGUUUUGUUACACUGAUUGUAUUGAGCUGAUGAAAUAUAUUGAAUAUUUAGGUUA